AAGAAGAUCGGCACGAGCACAUCCCGAGGGCGCCUGGUGGCCGGUGGGUCGGGGGCGAAACGGUUUUAUGGGACGAAGUGCUCAGGCCCAAGCCUGGCAUGAUUGUCUGACUGGUGGACCGAAUGGACCGAGGCCCACUUGCCCAGUCGUUUACUUUCUCCUGGAACCCGUCCACGUAGGCGGCGGCGGAGGCGGCAGCACUCAUUUCUCGCCUGCGAGCGGCUCUUCCCCCAACCGAUGCGGCGACACCGAGCGGCGAGAGCAACCAUGACCACGCCUCCACCGCCGCAACUCCCCCACCCCUCGCCGCAGGAUCAGGUCGACGACCUUACCCAGGAGAUCCUCCUCCGCAUCCCGCCGUACAAGCCCAAGCUCCUCGUCCGCUGCUCGGCCGUCUGCAAACCCUGGCGCCUCCUCCUCACCGACCCCGCCUUCCUACGCCGCUACCGCGCGUUCCACCGGGUGCCUCCCAUGCUGGGCUUCCUCUUCAACCUGGACCUCUCCAGGGAUUGCUUCGGCGCGCGGUUCGUCCGCACCACUCCCUUCCGCCCUCGCACCCUCGACCACGGCUACUGGUACGCGCGCGACUCCCGCCACGGCCGCGUUCUCUUCCGCAACCUCAACUGCGACCCUGACCUCGUCGUCUGGAACCCCAUCACGGAUGAGCGGUGGGGUCUUCCCCUGCCGGUGGCCUCGUACACGUACUGGGACGCGACAGUGCUCUGCGCCGCGGCCGCGCGCGAAGGCAGCGGCGAGUGCGACCACCUCGACUGCCACGGCGGGCCCUUCCUCGUGGCAUUCGUGGGCACCAAUGACGAAGACGGGAUCACGUGCGCCUGCGUCUACUCCUCGGAGACCGCCGCCUGGAGCGACGCGACCGUCGCUGAGCACCCCGAAGACCUCGCCGAAAUGGACAUGAAGCCCGCCGCGCUUGUGGGGAACACGAUCUACUGCCUCGCUGCACAGAACAAGACAAUCGUGGAGUACGACUUGGGAAGCCGUCAACUCGCGUUCAUCGACCCGCCGUUCGCGUAUGAGGAUCGUGGUGUCCUAAUGCCCGCGGCGGGCGGUGGACUGGGGUUCGCCGGCGUGAAGGGUUCCUGCCUCUACCUGUUGUCGAGAGAGGUCAUUCCUGACAGAAGUGCGGCAUGGACGCAACGCAGAGUCAUCGAGCUCAACACACUGCCCACUGGUGACCCCUUCUACCCACAUACUGUGGUUGGCUUCGCGGCGGGCCUCGGCGUCAUCUUCGUCACGACAGACGCUGGCGUCUUCGCGAUCAACCUCAACUCUUGCAUAGCCAAGAAGGUGUCCAACAGGGGAAGCAUCGACACUGUCAUUCCUUAUAUUAGCUUCUAUACUCCAGAUCAUGCUACGGGCUGAUCACCAGUUCACCACCGUCAUGAGAAGGCCAGGAACCAUCCAUUAAUAUGAUGAACCUUCUGCUGUCGGCUUAUGGCAGACCUGAUGCUUUAAGUGCUUCGUUUUCACUUGGGCAGUUUGAGCAAGAAAAGAGUUAGUGAUCAUGGUCAAUUUAGUAAGUAUUGUUUCCAAUUGGGCAAUUCAAGUAAGAAAAGAGUCAGUAAUCAUGGUCCAUUAGUUGUCUGUAUUCCUGCUUAAUUCUUAGGGAUCGUGGCAUGAGAUCUAUGUGUUAGGUUUACAUUUCUGCUCUGUUUUUAGUAGAUCGUUCGUUUCAUCAUUGGCAGGGCAAUCUGGAACUGAUAGAUGAAUAUGUCCUUUUUCCUGAAAAAUGAACCUCUGUGGUUAAGCUUCAGUACACAACUUCUUGAAUGAUGUUAUGUGAAUAUUGUCAUUGUAGCGAAUGAUGUUUUGUGAGCACGAAACUUGUAUCGGCAUUUGUCAAGUUGUCAAGCACCUAUGCAACUUCCUAAACUUAUGC